AUUUCUUAUGCAAUUAAAUAUUAUCUUCGAAUUGGCAACAAUAUCAAUUCUGGAAAAAAAAUUAGUUUAGCUAUUGAAAAUUUACUAGAAACAUCAGUUGCGCAUAUUGAACUUUGUAGAGAUCAUAUGGCUCCAAUUAUUGGAGAGUUUGCUGGAUUUGUACAAGGACAAGCAUUAUCAAAUAUUGAAA